AUGUCUGACCCCGAACGCUACACGCCACCCGAUCCAUCAGUGGCGACACUCCUCACCGAUGCUGUUCCUACCGCCACCCAGGAGGGCACGUGUUUCGAGAACCUUCCUGCCGAGGUGAGGAGUCGUGUUUUUCGAGCGCUUCCCGGCAUCGAGACCAACGUCGACUUUAACACGCUACUGAGCAGUCCCGACGGGCCAAGCGUCAAGACGUGGUCCAUAUCGCGCAGAAAGUUUUCCCUAUCGAACAAGGCUCUGUACAAGUUCCAUACGGAUUUCGAUCCAAACCCAGACUGCUUCACACUCGACAACAUGACGAUGCGACGCAUCCUGCGCCUCAGUGAUGAUGCGGACAUUGCUGCCAGUUUUGCCACCCGCAGAGACGCGUGCAAGAAACGACUCUUGGCCAGCGCCGAGAACGACAAGCCCAUCUUGCUGAUCCGGGACUAUCGUGCUGAUCCCGCACUUCAAGAACUCAUCAAGUUUGUUCUCUCCCUGAAGGCCGAAGACUCGAGCGUCUGCUCAAACUGGCAAGCGGUCGCUAUCUCACCCUCUGAGACGAGAAUCGAGCCAGACUCCAUCCGCAUGCUCACACCCAUUGGGCCGACUCCGCAGCGCGUUGACUGGUCGCAUCUUCGUGGCCUAAAACUUCACUACAAGCCCCGUCCGAACGAGACCGUCUAUCUCGACGGCCUGCCGACCAGCUCGGAAUUCACGGUACACACCGAUGGGGUGCCUCGCUUUGACACCAGGGGUGCUACACUGCCAGACGGCAAGACUCACGUGAUUUGGGAUCUAUCUGCCCCGGACACGGACUCGCCAGGCUUUGAUGUGAACGCCUACUUUGACGCCUUCAAGGUACUUGGUCACGGUCUCAUCACCACCCGCCACACUGCUAGUGGGAAGUUUGAGGUCCUCAUGCCGAGCGACGUGCUGGGUCAUACGGGAUUCGUGUCCGAGCUCAAGAAGCAGACGAGAAUUAUGACGAAGAGAUUCAAAGACAAAGGUUUGGUGUUCAGUGUCGUAUAUAUCGACGGGAGCUAG